AUGCUGAAGCUCACACUGAUGCUGAAGUUGAGGCUGAAGCUAACAUUGAUGCUGAAGUUGAGGCUAAAACUGAACAUGAGGCUGACGCUGAAACUGGGGAUGAAGCUCACAUUGAUGCUGAAGUUGAGGCUCAAGCUGAAACUGAACAUGAGACUGAAGCUGAGGCUAAAACUGAACAUGAGGCUGAAGUUGAGGCUGACACUGAAGCUGAAACUGAGACUGAAGCCGAGUCUAAAACUGAACCUGAGGCUGAACCUGACACUGAGGAUGAAGCUCACAUUGAUGCUGAAGUUGAGGCUCAAGCUGAAACUGAACAUGAGGCUGAAGCUGAGGCUAAAACUGAACAUGAGGCUGAAGUUCAGGCUGACACUGAAACUGAACCUGAGACUGAAGCUGAGACUAAAACUGAACCUGAGGCUGAAGUUGAAGUUGACACUGAAGCAGAACCUGAUGCUGAAUGUGCUGCUGAAGAAAGAAAGACGGAUGACGCUGAAACAGAGAACAGCACAUCUCUGGAUGGAGCAAAUGGCAAUGAUGCAGACGAGCCUGCUGAAAGCAUCAGGAAAGGAAAUGAGAAAAAGAAAAGGACCAGGAGAGGGACACGAGGCAGAGGGAGAAAGAUCAAUUACAAAAAGGUCCAGGACAACAAAGCAGAAAAUAUUAACUUUUUCAAAAACAGGGAUGCUGAAAGAGGUGGAUGAUGGAGCGGAGGCCGAAGCUAUCGGUGACCUGAUGAACAUCCUCCUUGAUGAGACAGAGGAAUCUAAUGGCCCAUCUCUGGCAGGAGAAAGUGGGGAGAUCACGAUGAGUGCUGACGUUGAAGCUGAGGCUGAAGCCUUUAAUGGUUUCCUCACCGUCCUCCUGGACGAGAUAAGGGACAAGAUCAACCUGCCUCUGGAGUUAAUCUGCAAUAAAGAAGGGCUGCACCCAUGA